AUGAUUUGUAUCUCAGCUUUUACAAUCCAGCCGACGUCCAUCGCGGUGACUGAAGGCUCAGUCGCCAGGUUUGCCUGCAAAAUCAGUGCCCACCCUCCUUGCAUCAUCACUUGGGAGUUCAAUCGGGUCUCGUUACCCCUUGCCACAGAGAGAAUCACCGUCCUGCCCAGUGGUGUGCUUCAGAUCCACGGGGUGCAGCGGAAAGAUGCUGGAAACUAUCGGUGUAUCGCCGCCAACAUCGCCAGCCGCCGCCGAAGCAUAGAGGCCUCGCUCACUGUCACCCCAGGUCUGCCCUCGCUUCCCCAGAGGCCGCGCAUUAUCGUCGGGCCACAGAACAUUUCAGUGUCGCUGCACCAGAAUGCCAUCCUGGAGUGCAUGGCCACAGGCAAUCCCCGACCCAUCCUCUCCUGGAGCCGAGCGGACAGCAAGUCUAUUGACGUUUACAGCACCAAAGUGUUGGGAAAUGGCAACCUCAUCAUCACCGACAUCAAGCCCCAGCAUGGAGGCGUCUAUAUGUGCAGAGCCACCACUCCUGGCACGCGAAACUUCACAGUCUCUUCAGCCAACAUCACCGUGUUAGCACCCCCUUCCUUGGUUGAGUGGCCGGAGAGCCUGACCCGUCCACGAGCCGGCACCGCCCGCUUCGUGUGUCAAGCUGAAGGAGUUCCAACGCCUCAAAUCACUUGGUUCAAGAACGGAGAGAAAGUUCACUCUAACGGUCGAUUCAAGAUGUACAACAGCAAACUGGUCAUCAACCAGAUCAUCCCUGAGGACGAUGCCAUCUAUCAGUGCCAGGCAGAGAACGAGCAGGGGUCGGUCCUCUCCAUGGCCAGGCUCAUCGUGGUGAUGUCUGAAGACCGGCCCAGUGCUCCCAGGAAUAUCCGAGCUGACACCGUGUCGAGCUCCGCGAUCCUUCUGGCGUGGGACAGGCCUCAGUUCAACGCAGAUAAAGUUAUUGCUUACUCAGUGCACUACAUGAAGGCUGAAGGACUAAACAACGAGGAAUAUCAAGUUGUGAUUGGAAACGAUACAACUCGCUACAUUAUUGAUGACCUGGAGCCGGCUCGAAACUACACUUUCUACGUGGUGGCCUACAUGCCCAUGGGAGCCAGCCGCAUGUCGGACAACGUGUUCCAGCACACACUCGAGGAUGUUCCCCUCCGUGCUCCUGAGCUCAGCCUCACCAGCCGCAGUCCCAUGGACAUCCAGGUGUCUUGGCAGCCGCUUCCAGACAAGCUGAGUCGUGGCCGAGUCUCCGCCUACCGUUUGUCCUACCGCACCAGUGCUGAGAGCACGGUGUCACAGCUGGAGCUACCUGGAGAGAAGACGCAGCACCUCCUGGAGAACCUGCAGUCCGACACCAUCUACCUGCUGCGAAUCGUUGCUGCCACCAGCAUCGGGUGGGGGGAGCAGUCCGCCUGGACGUCUCACCGCACUCCGAAGCUAUCGAGUGCUCGAGUUCCCAUGGCUCCUGAGCUGCAUUUAGAGCCUUUAAACUGCACCACUAUCUUGGCGCGCUGGCAGCUGUCUCCCAGGAACUCAGCUAGUGUUCAAGGCUACAAGCUCUUCUACCACGAAGAGAGCCAGUCAGAGAGGGCGCCGCUUCAGCUUCGCGCCUUGGAUAAUACUUACACCAUCGGAGGCCUCGACCCAAGGAAGAAGUACCAUGUGAAGCUUCUGGCUUAUAAUUUUGUCGGAGAAGGCUACCAGGCUGACCAGACUGUCAGCACCACUGGAUGUGUCUCUGUCAGAGAUCGCCUGGUGCCUCCUCCACCUCCUCCACACAACGUCUACAUCAAGAGCAACAGCUCCAGCUCGGUGUUUCUGCGCUGGGGUCGACCAGCCUUCACCUCCAGCCAAACCAUCAACUACACCGUGCGCUGCAACCCAGUAGGCCUGCAGAACGCCUCGCUGGUGCUCUACCUGCAGACGAAUGUGCAGAACCUCCUGGUGAGAGAUCUGGAGCCCAACACCAAGUAUGAAUUUGCCAUCCGCCUCCACAUUGACCAGCUGUCCAGCCCCUGGAGCCCUGUGGUCUAUCAGAGCACUUUACCUGACGCUCCAACUCUGCCUCCUUCCAACGUGAAAGUGACUCUGAUAGAAGAGGACACAGCGCUGGUUUCAUGGAAAAAUCCAGAUGAACCCAAUGUAGCUGUGACACAUUACACCAUCCUCUACGCCUCCAGAAACGCCUGGUUAGCUGGGGAAUGGAAAGUGCUGCAGAGAGAAGGAACCAUCACCAUGGCCCUGCUGGAGAAAUUGAAGCCUGGUCAGAUUUACUUUGUGAAAGUUUCUGCCUCCAACAACAUGGGCGAUGGUCCGUUCUCUCAGACUGUGGAGGUGAAGGUCCUGGCAGAUCUGUCCUCGGGUCACGAUCCCCGGCUCUCUCGUGGCAACACACACUCCACAGCCUUUUCUGAUGGUUUCUACCACCUGGACCAAAAGUCAAUGACAGGAAUCACUGUGGGAGUCUGCAUCGCUCUCAUCUGCAUCAUCAUCUGUGCCUUCAUCAUCGUCUGCAGAGGCAAAAAAAGGAAAUUCUCAGCAUUUAAAGCGUACAGAGAAGGAGCGGGCACAUCUGCCCCAGCUGCAGGACAGCUGGGCUCUGAGGGACAAACAGAGAGCGCUGAUGUCAGCGUGCCGAUGCUGAGUCCAAACCACUUCAUCGAUGCCAAGCCAAGCACUGAGAAGAAAGAGAAAUGGUUUUCCUUCAGCAGUAAUGCCAAAAAGAGUGUGAGACCCGCCUCCUACCAGCCCGGCUCCACCGUGCUGACCUAUGAAGAGGAGCUGAACCUGUCUCCAGAUCAGCCCGACGCCAUGCAGGCAAUGCGCUGGUCGCCCGGGGACUCAGAGGGCUCCUCCAGCAGCGAGGGCAGCCACGCAACCGGCGACUCGGGCCGUUACUCUCAUGACGAGACGGAGAUGACCAACCUCUCGUCUGGGGCUAGCAGCAGCCGCCCGUCUCUGUCCGUGGAGGACAGCGGAGACUCGGAGGACAGCGGAGGCUCGGGCUGCAGCGCAAAAGAGUCAGGCGAUGUGGUGGAGGAAAGUCUGCCUGACCUGAAGUUCAUGGAAGCUGUCGACAAUGGCUGCUGUCACCAUGAAGCAAAGAACAGCUCUCAGGAUGCACUUUCUCUCCAGGGGCCUGAGUGUGUGUGA